AUGCGAAUCGGCGUUCUCAAAGGAAACGGAAUCGGGCCGGAGAUCUCAGCGGCCACUAUCCGCGUCAUUGAAGCCACUGGUAUCCAGCCAGAAUGGGACUUCAUCCCUAUUGCAGAAGAAGCGGUCAGACUGUAUGGACACCCUUUGCCUCCUCAAGUCAUCCACCGCUUGAAGGACGUGAAGCUCUGUAUCAAAGCUCCACUGCUAGCAGAAAAGCUCCAUGGCCGUAUCAGCUGUACGCAGGCGGACGGUUCGGUGGUGACAUACCCUUCUAUCAACAAUGCUAUCCGGCGGGAGUUGAACUUGUUCGUGAAUCCGAGACGGGUUAGAGGCUAUGCUGGUAUCUCAGAGCGCCAUGAGAAGAUGGACCUGGUCAUCAUGCGCGAGAUCACUGAAGAUACCUAUAUCGGGUGGGAACAAAGCCUCAAGGGAGGCGCAGCAGCCGAGGCGAUCAAAAGAGUCACCCGUAGUGCAUCGUGGAAAGUCUCCCAAUAUGCCUUUGAAUAUGCGCGGAAGCACGGUCGAAAGAAGGUCUCAUGCUUGCACAAGGCAAAUGUCCUCCACGAAACGGACGGCCUUUUCCUGCGGACUUUCCAAGAAGUUGCUCGGCUUUACCCUGAUAUAAUGGCGGAUGACAUGAUGAUUGAUGCCGCUUGUUAUGCCGUCGUUCGAGAUCCCUAUCGCUUUGAUGUUGUCGUCACUGUAAAUCAAUAUGGCGAUAUUUUCUCGGACCUGGCUGCUGGGCUGGCAGGCUCGCUCGGACUGGCUCCCGGUGCGAAUAUCGGCGAUUGUGCUUCGACCUUCGAAGCUGCCCAUGGGGCUGCGCCGGAUAUUCAGGGAACGGGAGCGGCCAAUCCUAUUGCGCUGAUUCUAUCUGGGGCGGAGCUACUGGUUCAUGCUGGGUACGUGAGAGAAGCUGAGGCAAUACAGGACGCGGUUACUCGAGUCAUAGAAGCAGGGAAGAUCUUAACUCCGGACCUAGGGGGAUGCUCUACGACAGAGCAGGUGGCGGAUGCUAUUUCAGCGGAGGUCAGGGCAGUCCUUCAACGUUCAUAG